AUGGAAGAUUUAAAUGUUUCUCAACAUCAAGUUAAUUUAAGGCAAGAUAUUGGCAUAAAAUUCAUUGAAAUAUCAACUGAACAUUUUUUAAAUACCUCACACAUGAGCCAAGAUAUUGAGAAUUUAGGCCUGAAAAACACUGGAAAACAAUAUGAUAAUCCCAAAUUAAGCUCAAAAUUGUGUGAAUGGAUGAUAAAAAUUAUAUUUGAGUAUGACUGUGGGAAGGUUAAUGUUAAUGGGAAAUUGUGCUGUUCCCUUAUAAAUCUUCAAGAAUUUAUAAAAUAUCUAUUACUCUACUCAAGAGAUAAACAGAUGUAUAUUAAAUUUAAUGUACCAAAAUUUCUAAUGUUAGAUCUUGAAAAUCUUCAACAGGAUAGUGUGUUACAGCCUAAGAUUCCUCAAAAAAGAUUAAUGGGAUCUAAUCCUGGAAUCCUCGAGAAGAUCAAAAGACUGUGUAAUAGUAACCCAAAUGCAGUUCAAACAACAAAUGAACCCACCAUACAAGUGGUUACCAAUCUCUCUUCUAGGCUCCUGGAUCGAGGUGUGAGUGGAUUAUCCGAAGUUUCAUCUGUAGAACCUCAUCAAAGCUGUUCAAUACCCCAAGGAACGCCCAUAGGAAGUAGUUACUCACCUGGCCGCGUCAUUAGAAGUGACAAGCUCAUAUCAUCCAAUGGGUACUACAUGUAUGCUUACGGUGUCAAUUAUUCCUACAAGCUCACUGAAACCCCUGGUGGUGGAACUGAUAGUUCAACUUCUAGUGGCUCUUCAACUACAACGGCUGCUGAUGGCUCUGAAAUAAUUGGACAUCCACCGCCGAAAACAAUCGAAUAUUACAAGAUGGAGCAUAUGACAGUGUUUGGGAAAGAUAAAGAAUUUGUAGUGUGUAAACUGGUCAAUGAUGAGUACACUGAGCACCAUCACGAGAUCCCACCAAUCAGAUUCUACCGUAGAGUCAAUGGUAAAUUUAUCCUCAUACGUCCUAAGCAUUAUGAAAUACAAUUACGUAUUGUAGGUGAAAUGCAAAUGGUCUUCAGACUAAACGACGAGUCGGAAUGCGUUAAAGUAAUGUUCGGUGAUGAAAUUGUUUGGGUCAAUCCACCCAACAGUAAAUCCUUUGUCGUCACACUACUAUACAAUUUGACAGAUUACAGCAUAGUGUUGGAGACUAAUGUAUUGAUAAAGUGCACAAAAGUGAAUAAUCAAUGGGUAAAUAAAACCCAGAGACCGUUUUAUGUAAGGCAUUAUGCUGACGAUGCGAUGGGUGACUUUAUACCAGUUUACAUUGAAAACGUUACCAAAACCAACAGUAAACACAAGUACACGUUGGAUUACAGAGGUGUACCGAACAUUGAACUCGUGAAAUAUUAUGAUAAAAUUAUUUGGAAAAGGGAACCUGAUCAAGCCUUCCCCAAAACCAUGAUCUGCUCCACCUUCAGACAUACCACCUUCUCUUUCAAAUUCGAUGAUAAACCCACUGUAUCACAUUCAUAAUUCAACCACAGUGUUCAGGGAGUCCUUCGUCAGGGUGACAGUGGGACCGUCAAACUCAGCCCUGUGCUAGAGUAAUUUGUAAUGUUAGUUCCGGUGAAAUUAAACCAGUUUACGUUGUUUACACAAGUUAUUGUAGGAAUGAGGUUAUUUUUGAGGGGAAGCCCUUUUGACAAGGUCGGGACUUCCCAGGUUCUUCUUGGAGACGCUCAGAAAUCCUCCUGAAAUCACCUUUCACAGAAGUGACUAGGGUCAAACUGGCCAUUCUGGAGUCUAGAGUUUAGACAUAUGGACUCACCAGAUUCAGACACUCUAAAACUUCAGUCUGGUGAUACACAUACCGUGAACUCCGACCCUGGUCAAUGUGCUCCACUGCAACUAUACUCGCCUCAAUCUACUAUAUAUAUACCA